AUGCGGAACCUGAUCAGCAGGGCGGCACGCCAGCUGACUCAGAAACCCUUGGGAUUCCAACACUGCGGUUGGCAAGGCGCAUUCGGUGGGGCGUUCAGUGGCAGCAGCGGUUUGGAUUCACAACAGGUGCUGCCAAUCUCGCAGGCAGAGCUUUGCCCAAAGCUCUUCAUGAGCAUCUCCAUCGUGGUUGUUCUGGUCCUUUUUCCAGCCCUCUUCCCCACGCUCUUCCCAGACCUGAUGCACAACCUGCUGCCAAAUCUCGCGGCAAACCUGAGCUCGAUCUACGGCAACAUGGCGCCCCCGUUCGUGACGUCGCUCUUCCCGCAACUGGCGUGA